AUCUGCAGAAGGGAUUGAGUCAAGUGUUAGAAGAGCCGGACGCAAACGGCGAAAAAAUCUCGUAUAGGAUGAAUUAAUUGUGGAGUUUUUUACGAUUAACGCCGUUAUAUAUCAAACAAGCGUGUUCUGUUACAAGGAUCGACGUUUUUCCAAUAGUGUCUCGAUAAUAUUUCAUCGUCUACAAAUGUAACUGAUUGUUAUUGAUUGAUUUGAGCGAAAUAAGCUAGAGCUCUCGAUUUAUCGAUUUUUAAUAGAAUACUCUGACGAAGGUAACCGAAUUGUUUAUUUUUUAUUUAGAUAACCUUCCUCUGAUAAUAUGGAUUGCGAUUUAUGGUUUAGUGUAAUAUGCCACGCUGUUCAGCUAAUUAAUUUAGCAGUCUUAAUUUUUCCAGCAUAUAUCUAUGGUAUAUAUGGGUUAUAGUAUAUGCUGUUUCAAUUAAGAGCCGGGAGAAAGCAUAGAUAUUAUAUAUAUAUAUAUUUAAUAAUAUAUCUUACAUAGCAUUUAAACAGUGCUUUCGCACAUUCAAUUAUCGUAUGUGCUAUAAAUCAUCUUUGCAAUAUAUUGAAUCUACUGUAUGUAUGCUCAACAUACGAAAUAAUACGAUAUAUAUACACUAGGUUUUAUCUCUUAUUAUAUAUUUGUGUGUACAUUAGAUGUAUAUAUUAAAAACACGUAUAGAUAAAUGUAUUUAUGCAUAUUUACAGUUUAUAUAGAAUGUAUACUGUUAGAUUGUAGACUCUAGACUGUGCAGCACAGUCUACAACAUAUAUCAGAGAAGAGAGACUUGAGCCAAAAAGUUAUUAUACGUAAUUUAUUCAGUGCCGCUAGUAAAACGUUUGAGGAAAGGAUUAGUGGCGCGGAUUAUCUAUGACAACUCUAACGUAUAAAAAAAAUCAAUAUAAAAUUGAACACAGAUCGAGAAACAUGACUGAAGCGGAAUAUCGGAACGACGUUGCUGCCGUUGAAAUUCACGCAACUCCGGCUUCGAAGAAUCGUAAAGAGGAAUUAUGCUCCCUCUUCCCAGGAAGUUCUCCAGGCGUCUUUUCCUGCUUCAAUCCUCAAUUUCAAAGCGAGAAGUUUGAAUGCAAAUACAACGAAUGGUCAUUCGUCCUACAAAGGCGCCAAUUUCGUUUGGCACUUUUGUAUUUGGCUCUUACUCAACUCGCUUGGAUUCUCUAUUUUGUUCUUUUACGCCUUGACUUUUGGGUCUCGUAUGCCCUAGUUAGCGUACUACUACUUAUGCUCUCGAUCAUCGUCUUCUGCAUUACCUUUUUAUCACUCUAUCAUAGAUUCGCCAAAGUACUCUCCGUAUCUAUUAUGAUGAUACACGCCGUAGCAAUUUGCCUGACGAAUAUAGUCUACAAGGACGAUGGCAUGGGAAAUAUCUCUGAAGUAGGCCUCUUCGCCUCCUGUCUCGAAUUGAUCGUCCUCUUCUACGCCUGUACGCCUAUGCCUCUAUUCUUCUGCUUUUCAGGCGGUGUAAUAUUUUCAUUCGCUUUUGAACUCCUUUCCUCUUCUCUCACCCCUUCAAGAACGCUUAAUGUUAUUUUUAGUCGGGCACUUUUACACGUCGCCAUCCAUGUACUCGCCGUCCACAUAUGCCUGCAGGCGAACGUAAGAAAGAGGUCUACCUUCCGACUAAUGGCUAAUCAGACAAGAGACCAGAUAGUGAUACGUAUGGAAAGAGAAAAGAAAAAGAACAUGAUUGAAUCACUUAUGCCCACUAGUGUUGCGGAAAAGGUUAUUAAGGAAAGUCCAACAGUUCAACCGGGUUCGACGGGAAAUCAAGUAAACUUUCGUAAUUUCUACAUGGAUAAAAUGGAUCACGUUUCUAUUCUAUUCGCUGAUAUCGUAGGAUUUACAAAAAUGAGUUCGAAUAAGACAGCUAAUAAAUUGGUCGUCCUACUCGAUGACCUUUUCGGUAGAUUUGAUAGGUUGUGCGUUGAAAAAGGUUGCGAGAAGAUUAGUACUUUGGGUGAUUGUUACUACUGCGUAGCUGGAUGCCCAACGCCCAGACGAGAUCACGCCCAGUGCUGCGUUGAAAUGGGAUUAGCAAUGGUCGAAGCUAUCAAACAAUUCGACGAAGAUCACAACGAAGAAGUAAACAUGCGAGUUGGCGUGCAUACUGGAACGGUUCUCUGUGGUUUGGUUGGAACUUUACGUUUCAAGUACGAUGUAUGGUCGAAUGACGUGACUUUGGCAAAUACGAUGGAAUCGAGCGGACAACCAGGAAGAGUUCACAUUUCCGGUGAAACUUAUGCCUUUUGCGAGGAUCUAUACAAUUUCCAGAAGGGCGAACCGGUUGAAGAUAUUCGAAAGCACAAAGUUCUAAAGGAGUAUUAUAAUGCGAAAACAGGACAAUAUCAAAUUGGACACGUUCGGGACGAAGAAAAGGUUGAAACGUACUUUAUCGAGUCGAGGAAAUUGGCUGCGGAACCGCAAGACGUCAAGCCACCGACGAAUAAUACUGUUAUUGAUGUUGAUAAUGAUACUAAAACUACGAAUGACGUUAAACAAAAAGACCAAGAAAGGCCGUUGAUGGAAGACGACCAAACAGAUAUAGAACAAAGUACAAUACUCGUUUCCGGAGCCAGGCAAUCGGCAAACGACGAACAGUUGGUAGUAGCCCUGAGGAAUAUUAGAGCAGAUGAUUGCUUUGUGCUGGAGGAUAUUAAUAUUGUGACGUUGAUGUUCGAUAAUAAAGAUUUGGAAAAAGAGUUCCAUUCCAGGGCACUAACAAACCAAUUUAACACGAAAAGCUGUGCAUCGGCAAGGGCAGGUUACACAUCCGACGUCAUCGUCUCACUUCUCUUUGUGUUAUCAAUCAGUGUCGCUUCCUUCCUCGUAUUUCCUUGGACUACUCCCUUCCUAUUCGUCGCAAUUUUUGCCAUCAUCUUACUUGGUACCAUAUCAGUAGUAAGCUGUGCAAGAUGCCGUCAGGCAGAUCAAGGGAUGAUUUCCAAGAUUUUCUACGCAGCCGCCCCCUCCAAUUUACUAGGUGCACUCGUUAUAAGUCUACCUUGUGCUAUCGCCUACUCGUUUGCAUCGUGCUCAAUGCUUAAUUCUAGAGAGGGAAACGAUGGCUACCUACUGAUUGCUAUAGCUACUUCUCUCUUCCACUUCGUCAACUUUGCCAAUGCCACUUUUAUUCUCAAGAAUAUUCUAGCCGUUUUAGCGGCCUGUUUUCAGAUUAUAUUUAUAGCUAUUCGGUUCUGUGACAAAGAUUCAGCUAGUUUGCUGACUUCCUAUGAAACUUCAAGCGAACCUUUGGUGGUAAAUGUAACGGAAUCGCCAACUCAAAAAUCACUAUUUUGGAUAGAGAGUACUCUAAUGUACGAGAUUAUCAUUAAUAUUAUACUCUUAAUCAUUUUAAUCGUUUCUCUAAACCGGUCUCUGGAAUAUGAGAACCGUGUUCUCUUCCACCGUCAUACGACUACUAAACGUUUAAAGGAAGAUAUGGAGAAAGAACAAACGCAAGUUCAACUCUUUCUAGAUAACGUUAUUCCGAAAUAUAUCGCAAGUGAUUUGGAAGACGCUGCAAGACGGGGAAACGUCUACUCUAAAAAUCAUCAAGCUAUUGGCGUCAUCUUUGCCAAAAUUACUAACUUUGAAGAUCUUUAUGAUGAAGGUUUUGCUGGUGGUAUGGAGUAUCUUCGUGUUUUAAACGAGCUUAUGGGAGAUUUUGAGGCACUUUUAGCUAGAGAAGAAUUUAAGCAGGUAGAAAAGAUCAAAACUAUAGGACCGUGUUUAAUGGCUGCAGCCGGACUGGAUUCGGAAGAGAGGCAAAGGCACGUAAAUAAUCCCAAAAGGCAUAUGUAUUCUCUAAUGGACUACUCGUUAAGCGUUUUAGAAGUUAUGCAACACUUCAAUGAAGGUAUGCUUAACUUUGACUUUGAAAUGAGUAUCGGAUUUAAUGUUGGUGAAGUAACUGCCGGCGUUAUUGGUAAACAGAAAAUGCAGUAUGAUAUUUGGGGUGAUACUGUAAAUGUAGCAAGUAGGAUGUACAGUACGGGAGUACCUGGUAAAAUUCAGGUCACAGAACAAUGUAUGGAUAUAAUGAAGGACAUGUACGAUUUUAAAUAUAGAGGCCAAACUUUUGUCAAGGGCAAAGGAGAUUUGAAUACUUAUUUAUUAGUGCAGAAAAAAAGCACAUAACACAUUGGGUACGUACGAUUGAAAGCUGCUGAAACAAAAACUAAAAACAAAAAACAACCAAAAAAAAAUGAUUCUAAACAAAAAAAAAAUCAACAAGAGAGAGAAGAAAAUCUUCUGUUUUCCUUCGUCUUCUUCUUUCCCGAGAUUAUUUUUUUUUUGCCAAGACGUUUGCCAUAUCUUUUUAAAAGUAUUUUAAAGAUUUUAGUGUUGUUCUCUUCCUUUCCCUUUCCUCAUUCUCCCUCUCCCAUUUCUCCAAGAAUUUUUUUUAGCUUGAUAAAAACAAAAAGUUACAAAAAAAGCAAAAUUUGAUCAAACGAUAAAAUUAUUUUUUUCCAUGUGAACUAAAAGAUAAAACAUUUGAACUUUUUUUUUUAAACAAAAAAUGAUAAGGAAGCUUAACAAAAUAUUUUGUGCUUCUUUUUCAAUUACUUGUUUUUUUCCCAAUCUCUUUCUUUCUUUCCCUCUCUCUCUCUCUCUCUCUCUCUCUCUCUCGUUCUAUCUCUCUAUUUUGCCUCAUUGAAAAAAGUUUUAUCUUUCUUUUUUUUAAAAAAAAAAAAUAAAAGAAAGAAAGAAGUUUGUUGUUCUUUUUCUUUUUUUUUCAUUCUUUUUUAAAAUCUCUUCUACAAAAAGAAGUAGAAAAAAAAAGCCUAAAAAUUUCUUCUCUCCUGUCUUAGUUUCGUUUUUCUAUUGCCUUUUCUUUUUUGUUGAAUUUGUUUGUUUUUACACGCUGCAAAAGUCACAUGAUGAAAAGUGAAUAAUUUAUGAAAGAUUAUCCGUGAAAUAGUUUGUAACAGUUGUGUAGUUUUGAUCAUUACUAUUUUCGUCUUUAAUCUAAGUUGAAUAGGCGUAUUAACCGUUUUAGGAUUAAGAAAAUGCUAAUACAACCCUUACUAUAUAUAUAUAUAUAUGUAUAUAUAUAUAUAUAUAUAUAUAUAUAUAAAGAAAUUUAUAGUAUAUAUUGAUACAUAGCAUAUCUAAUGCGUGUAAUUAGCUCUUCAAAAGGAGAUAUUACAUUUUUUAAGAUCUAUUUUUUCUGACGGCUAAUUAUUUUCGCCGCAAGUUUAUCACCAUUGGAGCUAAUUAAUCGCUUUCUGCCGGGAGUUUAGUUAUACCUAUUUUGGCUGAGACGUUUGUUAAUUAUUUGUAUUUUGUAACAAAAAAGACGAAUAAAGAUCUGAAUGCAAAUGGCUAUUCUAUUGAAAAAUUUCUA